AUGCGAGGUAUGCCAGUAGAUGGCGGUAGUAAUAUUUUAGACAAAGGAUCGAAAAAGAAGCGGAUGUUUUGGUCAACGAUUCUUAACAGCACCCAAGAGCCGAUCCAUCGGUGUCAGUCCAUGAUUAAAACAGUUUCUUUGGGUUUAAUAGACUCGAAUCUUUACUUAUCGGAUAAGGUAUUCUGUCUACGCCACCAUGGCUUCAGUUCAUCAAAUGUCUGAAAUGCAAAGUUUAGAGGAAGCGCGUGUUAUUGAGACAACAGUGAGAGCAGCUGUGCGGAGUGUGAUGGAAGUGGUAAAUAACAUUAACACAAUCAGACUGGUGGAUUAUCAAAGAAAGGUUGCUGAAAAGGAGAAAGAAAAUGCUCUCCUCAAAGCAGAAGUUGUCAAGGCAGGGGAAGAGCUGGCUUUCCUGCGGCGACUGGUGGCGUUGCAGCAGCAAGGUGAAGAAGAAGGCCAUGUCAGAACCACCACACGCAUUGAUGCACAUCAGAGACGGGGGAGUGUGACCUCCACGGGUCGUGUUCCAAGUACGACUGGGACAAGUAAAGCAGUGAUGACUAUCCAAAGAAGCGUAGGCCCACAACAGUCCUCCAAAGGUCGUGUUGAAAGUGCGACUGGGACAAGUAAAGCAGUGAUGUCUAUCCAAAGAAGCGUAGCUCUAGGCCCACAACAGUCCUCCAAAGAACGCAUAACUGCAGCUGAAAGGCAGAGACUGUAUCGUGCUCGCCGAGAUGCAGAUCCUAGACGAAGGGCAGAAUACCUUGAAUCGAGGAAAAGAAAGAGAAGACGUGUCCACGAGUGCAGUAUCAGAGAGAGGACUGUGCUGAGGAACAGAUGGAGAAUAUACAAGGCAUCAAACAGAGCAUCAAAAGUCAACACCCACGCUGUACUCAACCCAGAAUGGUCACUUCCACAAGGAGCAGAUUGUGCCACUGACAUCCAGUAUGAGUCUUUGAGUCUGGAAACAAGCGCCACGGUUCCAGCUGGUGAUGUGGUCACAGGCUCUUCAGCUCCAGUUUGCUCGUUAUCCGACUAUUCGAGAAGCCAAACAGACUUUUUUGAGGGCAUCGAUUUCCCUCUGACCAAAGAGGAGCCUUCCAACACAGACACUGUUUAUGUUAAGUUUGAAAUAAAGGAGGAGAAUACCAGUGACUUUCUGGAGAACACAUUGACUGAUCAAGGCCACAAUUUUCCAUCAUGCGCUCUGGAGGGAGAGACCCUUGAGAACUACAACUUCACCCAUCAUCCACCAGAAAUCCAGUUUAAUACCAGGAGUCCCUAUAGUUCUGUACAGGGAGAUGGAAGGCUGCCCUCAGUCCCAAGGCAUUAAUAAGGUGCAUCUGGGGAGGCUGUGGCGAAUCACGCCCAUCGGGACCCAGGUUCGAGCUCAGCCUGGAUCAUUUUUCAGCCCCACCCAAUCACUCUUUCCCACUCUCUUCCAUCAUGUCACAUUUCACGGUCUCCAUCAGCAUUAAAAGCACAAAUGCUGCAUGCUGGGUUCAUUAUCAUGAGUACUCUCCAGUCCCAAUACCUGCAGAGGAAGAAGCUGAAUCAGGAGUGUGGAGUAGAGCACGCGGAAGAAAACGAGCCAGGAGAAAUCCACCAUCUGGCACUGCACACUGGACACUGUCUCUGUGACCACGAGUUAGAAAUGGCCUGGGAAAGUUUUUGUUUUCUUUUUUUCUUUUUCAAAAAUGUACUCUUAAAUGAAUUGUAGGCCUACCUACCCCUGAUAGCAAAGGGACGUUGAAUAGACGCCGUUGGCACUGAUUCAGCGUCCCUUUACUAUCAGGGACCUUAUGUAAGUAACUACUGUAGUAUUUCUAACAGGAUGAUUAACAGAAAUGCAUAACAUUCAGCAAUUACCAUACCCAAUGUUAUAAAACCAUAUUAUAUACAGUAUAUGGUUGUAUGUAACACAUAAAAGUUUGGUCAUGCUUUUUUGUUUGCCCUGUAAAUGCCAUCACAUUUCUAUGGUUCAAUACAUAUUGUCAAUUGAUUUGAUCCUUGUUUUAUUAUGAUUUAUGUAUGUGGUUUAAAAUAUGAGAUCAAACUGUAAAAAAAGAAGAGAAUGAUAAGGCGACUCAUAUCAAGUCACUUUUCGCCACACUCGUCCGGGUUUGUCAGUAGAUGGCAGUAGUAACCUUCCAGACAACAUGAAAGAAGCAGAAGAAGAAGGUCUAAUUGAUUGAGGAUUGUAUGAGGAUGUUUUGUUUUGGUUUUGUGCAACAAAGAUCACUAGUCGGGUUGGUAUUAAUCAGAGCUGACUCAAUUUAAUUUUUAUGGUAUUCUGUUGACGACAUCAUGACUUCGGUUCAUGAAAUAUCUGGAAUGCAAAGUGCAGAGGAAGCUCGUGUUAUCGAAACAGCUGUAAGAGCAGCUGUACGGAGUGUGCUGGAAGUGGUAAAUAAACUGAACAGAAGUCGUGUACUGGGUUAUCAAAGAAAGGUUACAGAAAAGGUCAAAGAGAAUGCCCUUCUCAAAGCAACUGUUAUCGAAGUAACGAAAGAGUUGGCGUUUCUGCGGCAGCUGGUAGGUGAACAGCAAGAUGAAUCGACCACCACUGCAAAUAACACGACAAAGGUUCACGAAGAUGCUGCUUCGAGUAUGGAGACGUGCAGUGCUGAACGUGGGACUGAGCUGAAAGACGGGGAGACGGGCCAACGUACUACUGAGGUCCAGGAUGAAUGUUCGAGUCUUGAUACAGCAGACACAGUUACAGGCUCUUCAGCUCAGGAGAUCUCACCAUCCGACCACUCGGACUGCACAGACAUCACGGCCAUCAAAGAGGAGCCUUUAAAUACAGAAUCUGAGCCUCCAAGUACAGACACUGUUUACAUCAAGUGUGAAGUGAAGGAGGAGAACACCAGUGACUUCCUUGGGGACACCUCGACCACUAAUCAGGACCACGGUUUUCCAUCAUGCACUCUGGAGAGAGAGACCCUUGAGAGCUACAGCUUCACCAAUCAUACACCGGAAAUCCAGUUUGACACCAGAAGUUGCUCCAAUGCUUCAGACCUUCAUUUAAGGACAGAUGACAACAUUGUCUUCCUUGGAGAGAGAAAUUUACCAGAUGACACAAUAGAGACCAUGGAGUUUGAGAGGAUCGAUGGGAAUGAAGUUCUAGAUAUGAGUGCCACUCAGCUGAGCGCCUGCUUGCCAUAUUCUUGUGAUCGUCUGGAACUCCUUGGAUUCUGUAAGAGGGAUGAUGAAAGCAGCUCCAGACGAGAAACGAGGGAAAGUGCGGAGGAGAGAGAAAAGAGAAUAAGAGAGUCGCGAAGUCAAAAUGCACGUAAAACAAAGCGAAAGGUCGAGCUGGGUUGGAUGAACUAUGACUACACAUGUGGCGUCUUCAGGCAAGUGAGAUCAAAGCAUGGCGGGGGGACACGAAAAGUGGAUGUGUCAAAAGAUGCCGUGAAGGAGGACUUGAUUAAUAUGGCCACAGGCUUUUUCUUCCCCUCUGGUAGAAAUGCUAAGGGGGCCGUUACAGACUUUUAUUUUGAUUUGAGGGAUUUCAAACGGAGGACUGUAAAUGAUGCCGUGACAGUUGGCCAGAUGUAUGACUCAGGACUCAAACUGCUCAGGUUUUAUGUCUGUACACGGAAAAAAACAGAUGACGGAUAACCCCAUCAGGAGAUAUAUGAACUCUUGUCCUCUCCUACAGGACCUACUGCAGUUCCUCACACAAGUCAGGAAGAAGUAGUAGUUGUUGAGGAUGCUGAAAUGAAUGUUAUUGUUUGUGCUGAUGCAGUUAUUGAUGUCAUGAAUGACACUAAGAAAACACGCA